AUGGUGUAUCUCGAGCCUAUCUUGUCGGCGUCGGGCAUCGAGCCGGUAGGUACUAUCGUGAUGGGCACGGUGAAGGGCGACCUGCACGACAUCGGCAAGAACCUGUGCAUCAUGAUGCUGCGGGGCGCGGGGUUCAUCGUUCACGACCUUGGCGUGGAUACGAAGCCGGACGAGUUCAUUGACGCCGUGAUGGAGCAUGAGGCGCAGAUACUGGGGAUGUCAGCUCUGCUGACGACCACGAUGCCGAAUAUGGGCAGGACGAUCGAGGCGUUCGAAGAGUACGGGCUUCGCGAUACGGUGCGCAUCAUGGUCGGAGGGGCGCCGGUGCGUCUGGAGUUCGCGGACGAUAUGGGCGCGGACGGCUAUGGCGAGAAUGCGAUGGAGUGCGUUGAUAUGGCCAAGCGGUUUAUGGGUGCGGGAGAGGCUGGGAGGUGGCACGAGGACAGUAGAGUCGGUACCCAUGUGGCGGUUCGAUUAGGCAGAAUGGCUAUAAUUAAGCCGACCAGAAUAGUUAUGUGUGCGACCGAUAAGGCCUAUGGCAACACUCGGGAAGACGAGUCGGUCGCAAGUGAGGAGAAGCGAGCCCUGUUCGACAAGCGCUAG